AUGAGUUAUCCAAACUAUCCAGGCGGCUAUCCUCCUCAAGGUGGCUAUCCUAAUCAGCCUUAUCCUCCUCAAGGGUAUCCUCCACAGCCAGGUUAUCCUCCUCAGCCAGGUUUUAUCCCUCCUCAGCCCGGUUUUGCACCUCAGCCCGGUUUUGCACCUCCUCAUCCUGGCUAUGUCCAUCCUCAUCCAGGUUUUGGAGUUCCGCAGUCAGGCUACCCUCAACCAGGCUAUCCGAUGCAACCAGGAUACGGAGUUCCACCAAUGAUGCCAGGAGCCCAAAUGUUCCCCCAUGUAGGAUCUGGUCCGUUGCCUUUUAUUCCAAAUCCGAUGUGCCACAAGUGCAGAGGAACUGGCUACAAGCAUCAUGGAAGAGCAUGCAAAGCUUGCGCCAAAUCAAGAGGACUAUGCACCCGAUGUCUUGGUAGCGGAUGGAAUUAUAAGAAAAAUAAGCCUUGCAAAUGCAGAAUUCCGGGGUAUGUCAGACAAUACAGAAAGCGUCACCACCACUAA